GAAGCCCCUCUCUCUCACUUCACUUACCAACUCAUACACUUCACUCCAUCAAACUCUAUCUCUAUUCAUCUCCAUUUGAAAAAACUCUUAGAUCCAAUCAUCCUGCAGAAUCCAACCCCAUUAAAAUUUAAAAAGAGAAAAAAACUGAAUUAUUUUCACAAAUCUAGCUAGGCAAAAUCUCAUCUUCUUUGUACCUCCUACCUUCUUCCCCAACCACUGCAUCGUAAGUAAAGACACCCCUUUAAAGUCCAUCUUAUUGCUACGAGCUUUUCCUUUAGUGUUUCCUUACCUAAACAGUACUGAAAGACCCCACUUUUAUUUUCCCUUUCCUUUUUCUGUCAUGCACUCAAGCUUGUUCCUUUUCUUGGGGGGUGAAUGGGGUGUGUGUUGUCUCAGUUGGCUGCAAAGUUUGCUUUUUUCCCACCAUCUCCACCUACUUAUCAGGUUAAGAAGUGUGACAAUGGGAAACUCACGGUGGUUUCUUCUUCUUCGACUCCUGCUCCCGUCGCCGAUGAUCCUUCUUUGGAUGUGCUUUUGAUCGACACCAAACGUGGGAACAAGAUUGUUGGUUUUUACUUUAGAAACCCAUAUGCACGCCUCACUGUGCUGUAUUCUCAUGGCAAUGCUGCUGACCUUGGCCAACUCUAUGACCUCUUUGUCCAGCUCAAGGUCAACCUCAGAGUCAAUCUCAUGGGGUAUGACUAUUCUGGCUAUGGAGCAUCUACUGGGAAGCCAAGUGAAUUGAACACUUAUGCCGAUAUAGAGGCGGUGUAUCAUUGUCUUCAGACCGAGUACGGAGUUAGUCAGGAAGACUUGAUUUUAUAUGGACAGUCAGUCGGAAGUGGACCGACGUUGCAUUUGGCAGCUAAGCUACCAAGGCUAAGAGGUGUAGUUUUGCAUAGUGGCAUUCUUUCUGGCCUUCGUGUGCUCUGCCAUGUCAAGUUUUCAUUCUGCUUUGACAUUUAUCAGAACAACAAUAAGAUUCAGAAGGUGAAGUGUCCUGUCCUUGUAAUACAUGGCACGGACGAUGACGUUGUCAAUUGGCUGCAUGGAAAUGGACUUUGGAAAAUGGCAAGGGAACCAUACGAGCCUUUGUGGAUCAAAGGAGGUGGUCACUGCAACUUGGAGCUAUACCCUGAUUACAUUCGCCAUCUUUGCAAGUUUGUUUAUGAAAUGGAGAACACGACAACGGAAAUUCGCCUUAAAAGGAUUCGGCAGAGUCUCAGUUUACCGGCAAGGUCAGAUGGCAACUCGGUUACCAGUGAGAAGUGCUGUAAGAUUAAAUUAUGCCAACCUAAAUGCCCCGAAUGUCCGAAACCAAGAUGCAGAUGUUGCCGGUGGCCGAAGUCGUUUUGUUGUUGGAAACCGGAAUGGCCAAAAUGCCUGUUGGGUUGUUCCUGCUGCAGCUUCAAAUGUUCAGAGUGGAGAUGUUGUGUGGGUAUACAUAAAGGGUUAAAUGGUGAACAAGAGGGCUAAUGGUGAUAUUGUGCUCUGUAUAGAUUUGGUGAACUUGCUAACAGCGUCCCCUCUAAUCACUGGCAUUAGUACACUAAACAAGAGCAAUAUGAGUUCUAGGGCAGAAAUUGAUCGAAUGUUUUCAUCAUA